GGUCCCGAGUGCCGGGACCGGGGGUCCGGAGGGGCCAUGGCCGGGGCCGGCUGGGCCCCGCCGCGCCUCGAUGAGUUCAUCCUCACCGAGCCCCUCGGCUCCGGCACGUACGCCACCGUCUACAAGGCCUACAGGAAGAGGGACACGCGUGAGGUGGUGGCCAUCAAAUGCGUCAACAAGAGGAGCCUGAACCGGGCGUCGGUGGAGAACCUGCUGACAGAGAUCGAGAUCCUCAAGACCAUCCGCCAUCCCAACAUCGUGGAGCUCAAGGACUUCCAGUGGGACAGUGACCACAUCUACCUGAUCAUGGAGUUCUGUGCCGGGGGGGACCUCUCCCGCUUCAUCCGGACGCGCCGGAUGCUCCCCGAGAAGGUGGCACGCGUCUUCCUGCAGCAGCUCGCCUGCGCCCUGAAGUUCCUCCACGACCGCAACAUCUCCCACCUGGACCUGAAGCCGCAGAACAUCCUCCUGAGCUCCCCGGAGAACCCCCAGCUGAAGCUGGCAGAUUUCGGCUUUGCUCAGUACAUGUCCCCGUGGGACGAGAAGCACGUGCUGCGCGGCUCCCCGCUCUACAUGGCCCCUGAGAUGGUGUGUCGGCAGCACUACGACUCCCGCGCGGACCUGUGGUCCGUGGGUGUCAUCCUUUACGGUGGGCUUGGCUUUUACUGCCCCGGGGGGCUCUACUCAGGGCUGCUUUCCCCCUCUCCAUCUCCCCCCACCGCUCCUUUUCCUCCCACAGAAGCACUUUUUGGGAAGCCGCCCUUCGCUUCCCGCUCCUUCGCCGAGCUGGAGGAGAAGAUCCGCAGCGACCGGGCCGUGGAGCUUCCCAGCCGGCCCCAGCUCUCUCUGGAAUGCCGGGAUCUCCUCGGACAGCUGCUGGAGAGGGACCCUCGGAAGCGCAUCUCCUUCGAGUGCUUCUUUGCCCACCCCUUCGUGGACAUGGAGCACAUCCCCGGCCCCGAGAGCCUGGGCAAGGCGACCGAUCUGGUGGUGGAGGCAGUGAGGAAGGAUCAGGAGGGAGACGCCAGUGCCGCCUUCUCCCUCUACCGCAAAGCCCUGGAGUAUUUUGUGCCAGCGCUGCACUAUGAAAGCGACGCUCGGCGCAAAGAAGCCAUCCGGGCCAAGGUGAGGCAGUACAUCUCCCGAGCAGAGGAGCUGAAGGUGUUGGUCACCUCCAGCAACAAGAACCUCCUGGAGAAAGGAAACCCGGCCAGAGAGCUCCUUAAAGAGAUGGCCAAGGACAAGCCUCGGCUCUGCGCGGCGCUGGAAGUGGCUUCGGCUGCCAUCGCCAAGGAGGAGGAAGGCAAGGAUGACGGUGAUGCCCUGGAGCUGUACCAGCAGAGCUUGGGGGAGCUGCUGUUGCUCCUGGCCGCGGAGCCGGCGGGGCGGCGGCGGGAGCUGCUCCAUGCCGAGAUCCAGACCCUGAUGGCCCGAGCCGAGUACCUGAAGGAUCAGAUCAAGAUGCGGGAGGCACAAUCCAUGGGCAAAGAGGCGCUGGCAGAGUCCGUCCGGAGCGGCUGUACCUUGCAGUGACUCUGGGAGCUGCCCGAGGAACGCUGCUCACCGCCCUGCCUGGAGACACCGGCACCGAGACCAGGCUUCUGUCCCCACCACCAGGGUGACACCUGGGGGGUCACCUCGGGCUCCCAGCCCCGGGGGCUCCGCAGGGACAUCUGCCCCUCUCCCAGGCGCUGGCUCCUUUCCCUGCCAGCCCUGCCUCUCCCGUCUGCUGCUGCAGCCUCCCCUGCCACGGCGGCCGGGUUAUUCCACUCUAAUUCCCUCCGCUGGCUGCUGUGGGAAGGGUAUUUUUAUCCUGGCCCUGGGCUCUGGCAGGACAUCCCCCCUGCUUUUUUGGCUGGGUGGUUCUUCCACCUCCCAGAUUCUUGGGGAGCCCACACGGCCCAGCUGCACAAAUCCAGCCGGGCGCUGAGGGUGGACAGGGAUGCUCCGCUGUGCCUUCCUCGCCCAGCAUCUACCUCUGCAUCCACUGCUGCUCAUCCAGCACCCACUGCACUGUCCCAGCCCAGCCAGAGCUCCCUGCCUCUCACUGCUGGAGCACUGGGAAUGAGGCUUUUCCUUCCUGAACCUGGAGCGUGACAGCUUCUGGCUGCGUCACCGGUGUCAUGACCGUGAGCAGUGCUCAGCAGGGACCCGCUGAGUCGGGCACGAGCAGCAGUCAAUCACCUUCAGGGAGGCACUCUCAGCAUCCUGCCUGCCCCCCUCCACUCCUCAGGACCCCCAGCAUCCCAGUGGUGUUCCCAGGAGUCACUGGUACAGGGUGCUGAGGUUUCCUGUCCUGCAAAACAAGGUACUUGUCUCAAAAUCUACUGUAUCUCAAGGGAAUGUAAUUUAUUGUCUUUAAUAAACUUUAAUUUUGAUUUCCCUGCC